UUUGUUUACAAGCGGUUGCGAUGCAAGCAUAAACUUUGGUCCAAAAAACUACCAUGACCGGAUCGAUAGCAGAAACAAUGUAACCGUUGCAUGUUAUUUUUAUGCAGCUGUGAUGAACAAAGAUUUAGUUCAUUGUGAAGAGUGCUUUUGAGUGAAACAACAAAGAAUGCAGCAAAACUCAUCAAAGAAGUCCAACAAGAAAACCCCACGUCGUCCAGUGACCCCAGGGAAAUCUAAAAAUGGCAAAGAGCUAUGGAUGAAAGCAUUGAAAAAGAGACAAACACUAACAAUGUCUAAUGCCUACCGACCAACCACCCCUCGACAUAAAACAUCCACAGAAUAUUUUAUUGAAAGUUUACGCAAAUCCGGUGUGGGAAUGAGAAGGGAGACUACUCUAACUGGAUUACCACGAGCUAACAAUGAACUAAUGCCUUACAUGAGUACACCCCAUUAUCUCAGGCAGUUCAUGGGCACAGAAAAGAUAGGACGAAAUGAUGAUUUAACUGCUAGGCCUAAUGUUGGAACUCCUGCUUAUAAAACACCAGAGGAAUACUAUGAUGAGGUCUUAGAACUUAGGAAGCAAAUUUCUGGUUUGGCGCUAGAAAGUUCAACAAACAAAACAAAAAUUAGGCGACUAGAAGAAGAAAAUCAAAAGAAGGAAAAGGAAAUAGAGGCUCUUCUAAAUCCUGGAAAGAAUGGUGAAAUACGUAGAACAAUGGCAGAUAAAAAUGCUGAUUCAGGGGCAGUAAUCCACAAUUACAAACAGAAAAUUUUAAAACUUGAAAUGCAGCUGAAAGAUAAAGAAGCAGCGUACAGCAAACUGCAAGGGGAUUUGAAAACAACAAAAAUAGAGGAAAUGAGGGUUCAGCUGGAGGCUGUGUAUGGGGAGGUGAUUAGACUGCAGAUGACAAAAGAUUCAGAUAAGACCAGUUCCACCAAGGAGUCAGCAGCCAAAGUGAAGGCUCUGAGUGAGACUGUGAUCCGCCUGAGUAAAACCAAUGAGCAACUGCAGAUAGAGAACAAAUCCUUGAAGGAGGACCUUCACAGGGCCAUGGAGGAUUCAGAGAAAGCCCAAAGUGAUUUUGCUAAUAUGAAGAAAAGGGAUCAGACCAGUUAUACAGACAAGAGAGUUUCAGACAGAGGAAGGGGGGAGAGAGAUCAGCUGUCAAGUAGAAGUAGACAUCAAGGUAAAAUUGACCUGAAAGGAAGUUUAGAGGAACGGUUGCAUCAGCUUGAUCAAAGGGAGACAGAACUUUUGCAACAAAUUGAUGAUCUAAAGGCAACUCUUCAAAGAAAUUUACAAGAAAAGCAGAAAAAAGAGAGUAUGUCAUCCCUCCCACCAACACCAAGAAGAAGACAAAGCUCAGCCAAUCAUUUUCAAUCUGAAGAUGUUGUAGAUGGUAGACUUUACUCAGAGCCAGGUUCAAGGCCCAGCAGCUCCAGGUCAAAAUCUUCAGAAGUUGAAAACUUCAAACAAAAACAUGCAGCCAAAAAUAUUCAGCGUCAGUGGAGACAACACAAACAGCAUCAGGUAGAUCACCAGCAGAUGGAUGAUGAAGUAGAAGCCUUUAAAGAAAAUUUGGCAGCCAAAAGAAUUCAAAGAGGGUGGCUGGAUCACAAGCAACAUAAAUAUAAUGAGGAACUGGAUGAUGCUGCCUAUAUGAUUCAAGGCAGUUUAAAAGCUCACCAUACAAGGAAAAAACAAAUGAACCAGUGGAGUUUCAAGUACCGAGAUGUUGAUGAAGAGGAUGAUGAUGAUGAGGAUAUUGACCUCAUACAGUCCACUUUCAGAGGUCACAAGGCCAGGAAGCAAGAGCUAGGCAACUUAAAAAACAUGUUGUCUAGGAGAGAAGAGUCAAAAAGUGCAGGCAGUGUCAGGAGUUUGUCACAUCAGUCCCUGUCUGGUGCAAGAGGAAGUGCCUCUAGAGACCCUUCACCUAUGGGGAGUCAGAUUUUAGGAGACUCUCUGAGUCGACGCCCAUCAUCCGCUUCUUAUAAAUCCAAGCGCGGAUCAGUCAGUCAAGUUUUUAAAGCCAAAUACAACGUCCAACCAUCCAACGAUGAUGAUGAUGACAUCAUGUUUUGAAGACAAAAGUUCAAAUAUUUAUUUCAUUGUACAGAAAACAUUUUGAUCUCAACAUUCUGUAUGACAGGCUGUGACAUGUGACCUUUUAGUGUAUCGACCUUUUAACAUUCAACCUUUAACCUUGUCUAAAACAAUCUGCUACUUUACCCUCAAUUUGACAUGCUAUUAUAUAAACCAGCUGUCUAAAGCAAAAGCUAUUGAGCUUAAUAAGCUGAUAGAUUUAUUUCCCUUUAGUUUCUGUGAUCCAACAUUUUUCUGCACUCAACAAUGCACUCUUUUUUUUUUAAACCUCUUAAAAUACAAAAUGUAGGCUAAAACAACAAUUGUAGCUAACAUCAGUGGCCCUGCAGUCCUUUCUUUCUGACUGGUAUGUUUUCUGAUUUGUUGUACACAAACUUCCCUUCCCAAUAAUAGACCAGAUGCCUUGUUAUUUCAAUCAGUUUACCAGACAGCUCUACUAUAUAGAAAUAUAUUACAAGGGGAAGUAAUGUCACCUAGCAGCUCGUUCACAGCUACUGCUAGUAAACAUUUCAGUUACCUACCAUACUCUUAAGGACACUGAAUCUGCCUCAAGUGUUUGUGUGUGAAUAGUCUCCCUUCGUUUGAGUAAAAUAACCAGAUUUUUAAUACCUUAUUGCAAUAAGUUUUAAAAACCAUCUAGAUUCUAGAUCUACAUUUUCUGUUUUACUCAAUACAAUGGUUAUAAUUGUUAUAAUAUAAUCCAUCACAUCAAAUCCAAAAUGGUUUAAAGUACAGUAGAUAAUAUAAUAAAUACUCUUAGUCAUAAUUAUCUAAUAUUAUUAAGAAUCAGUACUAGCCUUGUUAUAUUAAACUUUAGUGUAAUUUUACCAAUAAAUGUAAUUGUUCAUGUGAUAUUGAUUUGUAAGUCAAGUUCGUGUAAAUGUUAAUGAACAUUUUUUUUAGCUUAUACCACUUGCACUUGUUAUUAUUUACAAAUAAAGGACAAUA